AAAACAAGGGUGAAAAGUGUAAUUUGGAAAAGAUAAGAGAAGCAGAUAAGCCGAGAUAAAGGCUGCAGUCUCCCUCCCUUCAUCUUCAUCAGAAGCAAACCCUAGCGCGCAGAAAUGGAGAAGUACUUUGGGAACGCCUACAGAGGAGACCCAGGGAUUCCACACUGCGGCAAAGAAAAUUUCCUCAGCAUUUGGAUUGGUUCACUCGCCUUCUCCGCCAUCACUUGGUCCCAUCCCUACAUUUGGCAGGUCUCUAAUCGAUUCAAUUGGCAUGAUCAUGCGAUGCUAUAUGAGCAAUAUCAUUUGAAGAAGGCACUGAAAAAGAGACAGAAAUACGAAUACUCGUGGAACAAGAACUGGAGCAAAGCGGCACGUGAUUCAUAUUACUACAACUGGCCUGUUUACUUCCCUUAAGGUUUUUUAGACCAGAAUAAGUUCAAAAUAUUUGGUACUAUUAUGCUACUGUGGAUUGAUUGUGUUCAAAAUGUCUAAGCCAUGUGAGACUGCUCUGGCCUCAACCUUUGCUUCGUUAUUCACUUCUGAAUAUUGUCAUUUCCUUUUCUUCUUUAC